CGUUAUGAAGAGCUGGUCACACUUAAAGAAAUGGCUUAGACUAGGUGGCAGUGACUUACCAAGCAAGCCAUCAGCAACAAAUUAACUUUCACUUCAAAACCAAAAAGUUUCAUAGGACUAUCAAACAGAAUUUAAUCGUACAACCGAUCGUUGUGAUGUAAACACCAAUUACAUAUGGACAAUAUAUAAUAAAUAUGGCAUCAAAAUAUGAGCGCAUUAUCAGUGAUUGUAGGUCAAGAAAUAUAUUAUGGGAAGAUGCUGAUUUCCCAGCGAUACAAUCAUCCGUAUUUUAUUAUCAAACGCCCCCGUUCACAUUCCAAUGGAAACGCAUUGCCGAACUAAAUAAUCCACAGGCAUCGUUUCUAAAUGAAAAUGCUGAAUUCGAUGUGAUACCUGGUAAAAUGGGUGAUCGUUGGCUCGUUUCAUGUUUGGGCGUUUUAUAUUCGUUGCGAAAUCUAUUUUAUCGCGUUGUGCCCGCCGAUCAGAGUCUGGAAAAAUCGAUGGGCAUCUAUCGCUUUCGCCUGUGGUGGUGUGGCGAAUGGGUGGAAGUGCUUGUCGACGAUCGCCUACCGACCAUCAAUGGCCGACUCGCAUUCAUGCAGCCGCAGUCAUCCAACUGCUUCUGGGCAUCGCUAUUGGAGAAGGCGAUUGCCAAAUUGCAUGGCUCCUAUGAGGCGCUCAAGUAUGGCACACGCUCCGAUGGAUUAACCGAUCUGCUCGGCGGUGUUGUCAAGUGCAUGCCCAUAAUAUCGGACAGCAUAAGGCCGCAAACGCUGAAGGAUCAUCUGGCCACAACGUGCAUUGUCACCUGCAUUGCGGUUAAGAAUGCGGCAGUACAGAAAAAGAACACAACGGAAAGGCUACCGAACGGCAUUUUAGUGAAUGCCAAUUACAGGCUUUCGUGUUUGGAUAAAGUCGAGACCGUUAUUGGCGAUUCCGUGCAGCUGGUUCGCAUUAAGGACACAUUCUCGUCGAAGCCUUUUGGCGAUAAAACCAAUUUUAUUGGCGAUUGGUCGCCCACAUCGAAGACAUGGGAGCGUGUAUCAUCGACGGAACGUGGACGUCUAUUGGCCCAAUUGGAAUUGGGCGAGUUUUGGAUCUCGUUUUAUGAUUUUGUGCACACUUUCACAGCACUGGAGAUCGUUUAUUUGGACUCGGAUACGGCGAAUGGAGAGCAAAUGCUUAAGGGACGGCCGCUGCACUGGAAAAUGAAAAUGUAUCAAGGACAGUGGAAACGAGGUGUAACUGCCGGCGGUUGCCGUAACCAUGAAUCCUUUCACAUAAAUCCACAAUUAUUGGUAUCCAUACAGGAGAAACAGGAUAUUGUUAUAGCCCUAAAUCAACAUACCGCUGUCGAGCCGAAAGUUAUCGGCUUCACCAUGUACAUGUGGAAUCGCGAUUAUAGCCUAAACGAAUGUUUACAAAAGGACUUCUUCAAGAAUCAAGUGAGCUUCCUUAACUCUGACUAUGGCAACACCAGGCAUGUCAGCUAUCACACACAGCUUGAUAUCGGCCACUAUGUGUUGAUGCCCACCACCUAUGAGCCCGCCGAGGAGGCACAGUUCACCGUUCGAAUACUGGGCACGUCGGCAUUUCGGCUGUCAUGCCUCGAGACGCAGACAAUGAUAUUGCUGGAUCCAUUCCCAUCGCUAAAGAGCGACGAUAAUGUGCAGAAAAUCAAGAGCGUUUGUCAAUAUGAACCCGUUUAUAUGCAGUUGGCCGAUGAAAAUAAGACAAUUAAUUGCUUUGAGCUGCAUGAAUUGUUGGAGGCAUGCCUACCAAAUGACUAUAUCAAAGGAUGCGCCAACAUUGAUAUAUGCCGACAGGUGAUCGCACUGCAAGACAAAACCGGCAACGGCCGCAUCACGUUCCAACAGUUCAAAACAUUUAUGGUUAAUCUGAAAUCAUGGCAAGGUGUUUUCAAAAUGUAUACAAAAGAGAAAGCCGGCAUUUUACGUGCCGAGCGCCUACGUGAUGCACUCUACGAUAUCGGAUUCCAACUGAGCACCGACAUCAUGAACUGUCUAAUCCAGCGAUAUAUACGGAAAGAUGGCACACUGCGCCUCAGCGACUUUGUCUCGGCCGUAAUGCAACUGACGACGGCCUUCAACCAGUUCCACAUGAAGAACUACAAUCAGGUGAAUGUCAUUGAGGUCCACCUGCACGAUUGGAUCAAGAGUAUAUUAAGUUGCUGAACUAUGCAAUUUUCGACCGUAACGUUGUGUAAUAAAUUGUUUUUUUUUUUUUUUUU